UCCCUGGCGGAGGUCCCUGCUGUUCGAAACUCUGCCAGUUUUUAGGAAGUGCUGCUGUGUCAGAGCCUGCACACGAGACCCCAGUGGGCCAGGACUGACUUCCUCCCCACACAGAGCUGGGCGGGGCAAGCAGGAAGGGGCCUGUUACAGUCAAGGUGACGCAUCCUUGCCAGGCCAGCCCGAGCAGCAGCUGGGUCCACAAGCGACAGGAGCACGGGUCCUCUUUCCCCCAGGGGUGUCGGAAUGGACCUGUGCCACCACGAGCCCACGGAGCUGAGCAGUGGGGAGGCAGAAGAGUUGCAGAGGAUCAAGUGGCACCGGAAGCAGCUCCUGGAGGACAUCCAGAAGCUAAAGGAUGAGAUCGCAGAUGUGUUUGCCCAGAUCGACUGCUUCGAGAGUGCGGAGGAGAGCCGGAUGGCCCAGAAGGAGAAGGAGCUGUGCAUCGGGCGCAAGAAGUUCAACAUGGAGCCCGCAAAGGGCAUCCGGUAUUUCAUUGAGCAUAAGCUGCUGACGCCCGACAUCCAGGACAUCGCUCGGUUCCUGUAUAAAGGCGAAGGCCUCAACAAGACCGCCAUCGGGACCUACUUGGGGGAGAGGGACCCUGUCAACCUGCAGGUCCUCCAGGCCUUUGUGGACUGCCAUGAGUUCGCCAACCUCAACCUCGUCCAGGCCCUCAGGCAGUUUCUGUGGAGCUUCCGGCUGCCGGGCGAGGCCCAGAAGAUAGACCGGAUGAUGGAGGCCUUUGCUACUCGAUACUGCCUCUGCAACCCGGACGUCUUCCAGUCCACAGACACCUGCUACGUGCUGUCCUUCUCCAUCAUCAUGCUCAACACCAGCCUCCACAACCCCAACGUCCGAGACAAGCCGCCUUUCGAGCGCUUUGUGUCCAUGAACCGUGGCAUCAACAACGGCAGCGACCUGCCGGAGGACCAGCUGCGGAACCUCUUCGACAGCAUCAAGAGCGAGCCCUUCUCCAUUCCUGAGGACGACGGCAAUGACCUCACUCACACCUUCUUCAACCCAGACCGGGAGGGCUGGCUGCUCAAGCUGGGAGGACUGAUCUGCUUGCUGCACUGGCCUCCCACAGGGGGCCGCGUGAAGACGUGGAAACGGCGCUGGUUCAUCCUGACCGACAACUGCCUCUACUACUUCGAGUUCACCACAGACAAGGAGCCACGGGGAAUCAUACCCCUUGAGAACCUCUCCGUGCAGAAGGUGGACGACCCCAAGAAGCCAUUCUGCCUUGAGCUCUACAACCCCAGCUGCCGAGGCCAGAAAAUCAAGGCCUGCAAGACUGACGGCGACGGCAGGGUGGUGGAAGGCAAACACGAGUCCUACCGCAUCUCAGCCGCCAGUGCCGAGGAGCGCGACCAGUGGAUUGAGGCCAUCCGAGCCAGCAUUACCCGCGUCCCCUUCUAUGACCUGGUCUCCACUCGGAAGAAGAAGAUCGCCAGCCAGCAGUGAGAUUCCUGGAGGCAGCCCUGGGGCGGUCAUCCCGGGGCCCCACCCCCCACCCCAUGCACCCUUUUGGGCCACAGACAUCACUGCGCCCCCCGCCCCCCGUUACCUCGAGCUGACUCUUGAUGGGAAAGCAGAGGUCAGGAGGGUGGGUGGUGGGUACAGUGGGCUCAGAGUCCAGCAAUGAGGUCCCCUGGCCUGGGCACCCAGCUGCAGGCCCCUGCCCUAUGUGCACUACAGGAAGGGGUGAGGAGGGCAGCCAGAGGAAACUGGCCCAGAGCGCAGCAUCCCUUCUUCUCUCUGGGCCCCAGUGCUCUCAGCUCUGAAGGAGCACUUUGCGCUUUGAGAUGCUGUCAGCCCUCAAAGCAGGAGGGGCUGUGGGGUCCCUGCGUGCUGCUUCUCCUUGGCAAGGCUCUUCCUUCGGCUCAAGUUCUCUCUGCCAGCCCCUCCUCUGUCCUCAGGUUGGGCUUGACCCUCCCUGCCUGAGCAGAGCUCAGCGCACACGGCUCAGACCCACAGAUAGGACCGGGGACAGAACCCUAGGACCUGCCCUAGGAGCCCAGACUCCGUGGGCUCAGUCCCAGCUCCGUCUCUGACUCGCUGUGUGCCCUCUGCCAAGUCAUGCCCACUCUCUAGUUCUUGCAAAACUGCAGUGUUGGGACUGGAAACGUCUCGGGCCCUGCCAGCCCUGUGCCCAGCUUCCGGCUGGAGAUGGCAGCGCUUGUUUACAGAGCCAGGCAGACUCUGGAUUCAAGGUUGAGGGCGAUAGAAGAGCACUGUGGACUCCACCUUCCAGGAUGUCCAUUUUGGGGAGAGGAGCAGGAGGGACCCUCAAGAAAAUGAUGGAGAGCAUCCCGGACAGAUGGGAUUCAAGCAAGAUGGGUGCUCCAUCCAAGAAGCCAAGAAGAGAGAGUCUUGCACACUGUGGUUACCAGGAGGGCUGCCUGGAGGCAGUGGCUGAGCCAGCAAGUAACACAGAGCCCAUGCUUGGAGAGGCAGAGUCUUGGCCAGGGCUUCCCUGCGAGACAGCUGACCAACAGCCCCAUGGUGAUGAGGGGCAGCCUGCAGGUCCCAGCAUCUCGGGACCCUCUGCAGCAGUAUCAUCAGAGUAGAGCCGACUCCCAGUACCCAGGCAGCCAGCUCUGUCUCCAGGGAGCCCUGGCCCAGAGGAGGAGUCCGCUAACAGGAAGCACUUCUCGCCCCUUCACACAGGCCUGGGGGAGCCCCUGGAGGGAAAUUCCUUGACAGGGGAGCAGGAAAUGUGGCUGCCCCACUGCCAGCCUGAGUCAGCGAGGAAGCAGGUGGAUUCCCCGGAGGAACCGCAGCUCACCAGGCACCCCGCCCCGUCCCCACCCACCCCCAAAUGUGCACACCUUCCUCAGGCUCAGGAUGGAGUAGCAGCCUCGUGAGGUGGUGAGACUCCUGUCUCCGGAGGUGUGCAAGCACCCGGUAGUGACAUUGUACCAGACAAGGUCUGGGUUGGGCAUCUACGGGACGAGACUUUGCAGGACAGUUGAGGACAUCCACAGAUCCUUGUCAGCCUAUGAACUAAGCCCCGCCUCUGUCACCUCAUUGGCUCAUGAAAGAGCAGCUGGGCUGGUGGAAGGAGCGCUGGGCUAGGGUCAGGGGUCAGAGACUCUGUCCUGCCCCUGUACACACCAGCUACUCCCUUAGUCUGCUCCAGUCUCCUCGCUGGUCCUCAGCUUCCUCCAGCAUGGAGGGGAUGGAUUUUCUGGGCAUAAGUGGUGGUUCUAGGAGUCACUCCGAAAAGAGAAUAAAACUCAUGAUCCAACUCA